CGUGAUUUAAAGAUGGCGGCGCUUGUGGAUGUCGGAAGUCAAGCUUAGUGUUUUCUUUAGCACUCAGCUAAAGCGUGAAAACGGUUUCGACUGGCGAGGACGGGUUUCUGUUCACGUCGAUAAAUUGCAUGAGGAGCUGUAGAGGGGAAUGGCAUAAAAAAGAAGCGGGUUUAGAGAUGGGAGAAGGUUUGCUAGCUGGCUAAUAGUAAACAGGCUGCGGUUAAACCCGCCCACUGUUGGAAUGUUCGGAUGUUUAUUUGCGUGCUGUUUGCACUGGGUGCAGUUGGAGUGCAGUAGUUUAUGGUUUGGGAUGUGAUCUUGUCUCUGGUGGUAGCAGAUUAAACAGCUGGCGAGCCGAAUGACAGCUGGAUGUUUACUUUAGCCGAGCUGAUAGGUGUGUGUGACCUUUGUUGUGGCUACUACUUCCGAGUGAACUGUUGAGAACCUUUCUGGCACUGAAAGUUGCCCCUUUCUAAAUAUUACUGACUUAAAGACAACUUUGGUAGUUUAUUAAUGCUUCUGUAGGACUCGGCGAACUUUUACUAAGUUAGUUGACAAGCUAGUAAUCUAGCUAAGCUGACAGCUGUCCUCUUUAAUAGCUUCUAGACCCAGCAUACAGAUAGUUUAUGUUCUAUACCUGUCAGGGUGGUUGUGGGGCAAAUAAAUAAGUAUUUGGUAUAGUAUCUCCAUUGAAGAAGUCAUAUUUUAUUACCCAGUUUUUUAACAUUUUUUUUUCUUCUAGUUUUGCAUUAUUCUGACCAUCAACAUCUGGAUAACGAAAAGCUCCAAGCAUUGCCCCAUGACACUUUAAUGCACUGGAACUUUUUUUGUUUUUUCCUCUUUAGGCUCACUGAUUGUCAUAUAUAUAUAUAUAUAUAUAUAUAUAUAUAUAUAUAUAUAUAUGCUAAUUUAGGUUAUAAAAUCUACCUGUCAGUGCUGUAGGGCGAAGAUCUAUUUAAAUGAGAAAUUAGACAGUCCCAAAGCAGACCAUUCUGGUACAGUAAUUCUUCCAUUUGGGAUCUCUAUAAUCAGAACAGACUAGGUUCCUAUAUUAUCCAACCCAUCAGUAUCUGAAUACAGGAAAUCUUUAAGCAGAUUUUCACUCCCUGACUGGUUAAUGCACUGGCGCAGUUGUCCACCCAGACAGUUUUCGUUUCCCAGGGUCUCUCCAGUCAUCCUGACGUCACAUUCGGACCGAACCACUAGAGUUUCAAACGUUUCCCACGAGAAUGACACUCCCUUUUUUAAGGGCGUUUCUCUGCUCUCGAAACCCAGUCGUGGCGAUUAUUAACAGGAGCGGCCGCCUGCGUUUCCAUCAGACCGGUGUGUGUAAAGAUGCUUUACAGGCUGACAGUGGUUUCAGACCUUCAAAAGUUGCAGUAGUGACUAAAACCACACGAUAUGAGUUCGAGCAGCAGCGGUAUCUGUGCGCUGGACUGUCAGAAGAGAAUCUCAAACAGCUGCUUGCUUUGAAAGGAUCCAGUUACAAUGGACUUCUGGAAAGGCACAACAUGCACACACACAAUGUUAGACACAUCGUGGACAAUCUGCAAAAACAAGGUAUGGAGGUUCGUGUGGUUAAACGAGGAGAGUAUGAUGAAGACACAGUCAGAUGGGCAGACGCUAUUGUGUCCGCUGGAGGGGACGGCACCAUGCUGCUGGUUGCCAGUAAAGUGUUUGAUAAGAACAAACCUGUAAUAGGAGUCAACACUGAUCCAGAACGGUCCGAGGGCCAUCUGUGCUUGCCUGUGCACUAUACACAUGCAUUCUCUGAAGCAUUACGAAAACUUAGGAAGGGCGACUUCAGGUGGCAGUGGCGUCAGCGUAUCCGCGUGCACUUGGAGGGCAGGGGGAUUAACCCCACUCCAGUGGAUCUGCACGAGCAGCAGCUGAGUUUAGAGCAGCACACCAAAGCACACCGCAUCACCACUAACUCCCAGCACAGAAGAACACAUGAAACCUACACAUCACCAUCCCUACUUCCUGUCCGAGGACUCAAUGAAGUCUUCAUCGGAGAGUCCCUAUCCUCUCGGGUGAAGUAUAAAUCCUUCAAACCCCAUCUUACCCUCUCGCUCCAUAGGGCUUCCUACUAUGAGAUCUCCAUCGAUGAUGGACCGUGGGAGAAGCAGAAGAGCUCAGGACUUAGCGUUUGCACUGGAACUGGAUCCAAAGCCUGGUCUUAUAACAUUAAUAAACUUGUGGAACAGACUGUGGAGGAUGUCCUUGAAAUAGGCAAAAGAAAAACUGGUUUGGAUAUUCCACUAUGCGAGGAAGUCAUCAGAAGCGUGACUGAAGCGUACAAUGAGGCUCUCGUAUUCAGUCCAGAGGAGAACCAAGUUUUCUUUAGCGUCCGUGAGCCCAUCGUCAACAGAGUGUUUUCCAACAGCCGCCAAAGAGGAUUUGCAAAUAAGGUGUGUGUCCGUUCGAGGUGCUGGGAUGCCUGCAUGGUGGUGGACGGAGGAACAUCCUUCGAGUUCAACGAUGGCGCUAUUGCCACUAUCAGCUUACAUGAGGAGGACCUGCUGAAAACGGUUCUGCUUGAUUGAACACAUGACCAUAGUGUCGUAUUGGAACUGCAUCAUCAUGUCUGGACUGGAACUGAUCACUGGUGGAAGGUCAAAAUGGGUUACUCUCACAACGUCCUCAUCGCUUAUAGAUGAGACUGAAAUGAAGAAUAUUUACUUUUAUGAUUUUACAGCUAGGAUAAGAAUCUUUUCUGAGGUGUUAUGAAAUCCCUGCUGACUGCCCUAGAUGGAUUUUUUUUUUUUUCUCCUCCCCCUUUGGCCAGCAAGAAUUGUGUAUGUUAGAUUAGAUUAAAUUAGAUUAGAUUUAUUGAUCCCUUUGGGAGGGUUCCCUCAGGGAAAUUAAAAUUCCAGCAGCAUCAUUACAGGAUGAAUGUGGUUUUAACCCAGACAGAAUGCCAUACAUUUUGUUGCCAUUGUUCUCAGCUGUUGAGAGGAAGUCUAAAGCUAUAUCCACACGAAUACAUUUUAUUUUUAAAACACAUCACUUGGUACAUUUACACCCGGCGUCCACGCUACUCUGGAGCCCCAAGAAGGAGACGUUUAGAAUUGCGGCUGGUUUUAGUUUAAGAAGGAGGAGAGGAAGGGAAAAAAAAAAAAAAAAACAAGCUCUGUAGCAUUUUAGCUAAAACGGAAUCAUUUGGAAAUGACGACACAGACGCCCACUUUCGCUUCCUGAGUGGGUCGUUUAAUCACAAUGCAUCUUUCACUGAUUCAUCACACGCCUAUCACGUGACCUUGUUCCAGAAGAAAACAAAUGGCAUCAGCUGUUUAUACAGCGUACGUGAAUGGUCAUGUGAUAUGCGUUUUCAGGUGUGUUAGUAUACACUACUGUUCAAAAGUUUGGGGUCACCCAGACAAUUUAGUGUUUUCCAUGAAAAGUCACACUUUUAUUUCCCACCAUAAGUUGUAAAAUGAAUAGAAAAUAUAGUCGAGACAUUUUUCUGGCCAUUUUGAGCAUUUAAUCGACCCCACAAAUGUGAUGCUCCAGAAACUCAAUCUGCUCAAAGGAAGGUCAGUUUUAUAGCUUCUCUAAAGAGCUCAACUGUUUUCAGCUGUGCUAACAUGAUUGUACAAGGGUUUUCUAAUCAUCCAUUAGCCUUCUGAGGCAAUGAGCAAACACACUGUACCAUUAGAACACUGGAGUGAGAGUUGCUGGAAAUGGGCCUCUACAGGGCCGGUUCUGCCCUAAUCUGGACCCGGGUGCAACAUCGCGCAAAAAAGUGGGUUUUUUUUUUCCCUUCUUCUAAAUUUACUUUGACUUGUAUUUCAUCGCAGACCGUAUGAACCCAAGAUAUUUCAUGUUUUAUCUGGUCGACUUCAUUUCAUUUAUUCAUAUAGAUCAUUCCUUUGUUUCAGACCUGCAAUACAUUACCCAAAGGGGAAAAAAAAAAAAAGGGACUGGGCAAUUUAUGGCUAGUAAUGAGGUAAAAUCAUCCAGACUGUUACCAACAAGAAGUCCAAAAGCCAGGAUCUGUCAUGGUAUAGGGUCGUCAAUUCCCUCGGUACAAAAUAACGCCUAAAAUGUUUCAGCACUUUGGUGUCUUAAGUGUUGUGAGAAGGAAUGGCAACAUUAUAAAGUGGUAAGUGCUUUACUGUCCUGUGUUUUUUUUUUUUUUUUUUUUUUAAAUGUGUUACAAGAAUCAAAGUUAAACUGUUUUUAUUCUGAAAGAAAAAAAUCAUGAGGUCAAACAUCAAAUAAUGCGCUGUUGUAUAGACCCCUUCGCAUGUUUGUAAACAAACCGACCGUUGCCAGGAUGCGCGCGCAACCUGGACCCAGAAACAAUGGCGCUGCCCAUAGACCGGCAUUAUGAGCUGUCAGAUUAUGCAAAACAAUUGUCGUUACAAGAUCGAGAAUGCUACAUAAAUAAGUUAACUCUAACAAGUGGACAUCGCCUACCGGAUCUGCAUUUAAUUAAAGAGUGGACGGACGAUGUUAGUAAGUUCCCUGGUAUACAAUGGCCAGAUAUAUACUCGUACCUUAUUGACAAGACUUCAGUGUACACCCACGAAAAACUUCGUGCCUACAAGUCUUUAGACGCAUAUGAUUGUUAUGUGCGGGCAUGUACAGAACGUGUUUUACACUGAAAUUGUUUUAAUCAAAUUAUGCCAGUGAUGUGAUGACAAUGUGGCUUUAGCUACAACAGCAAAUACCAACACUAAACAGCAAUUUGCAGGAGGUAAUGGCAUGAAAGGAACGAUAGUGUAAAGAGUGCAGCUAAGAGAAAUCAGAGCUGUGUAAAAAGCGAGAGGCAGAGAGCAGAAAUGAAACUGAACGGGCCGGGAGCUAGGUUAGAGCAGUCAACGUAAGUUGGCAUUUAGAGUGAGGGCACACAAUUUUACCUUUCCAUCCUUGCUUUAAAAUUGUGAUUUUCGGCAUACACAAAUAAUGAUGGCACAAAAUCUGGACUGCUCGAGUCAAGCGAGACCUCUCCUACAAACAAAACUGCAUGCUAAGCUAAGUUAACAUGCUAACAAUAUUCAUUACAUUGUGUAACUAUGACCCAGCUAAUCAGACAAACGUUACCAAAGUAUUUUGCUACAUCAAUAAACGAAGACUAGAAAGAAUAAAAAAGAAAGAUUUAAUAAAUAGCCUGAUCUUACCUGUGAUGAAGUGGGCGCUGCAAACCCGCGCAUUUUUGAUAGUGCUUUCAUCCCAGUCUACACGUUUGAUGGCUUGUAGUCAUAGACGUCGGCGAUUUUUUUUUUUUUUUGGAAUGGGUGAGAUCCUGCUGGAAUUCUGAACAUUUUAACCCCAUCACUGCUACGAUUCUGACACCCGACAACACAACAACUAGGCAUUUCUGAGUCUUUUUUGGGUCCAGGCUGCGCGCGCAAUUUCCGCUUACGUAUGAAUGACGUUUACUGCGAAGGGGUCUAUUGUUUUAAGUGCAAUACAAGUCCAAGAUUAUUUACAAAUCGUUGUUUUCGGUUUUAACCCUUUCAAAACCAGGAAAAAUGCUAUGGAACUUCACGUGUACAGUUGUACUACGCAUUAUGUCCGAAGGGGUUAAUUUCAAUUUCAACAUACCGUCCCAGCUUUCUGAUUUGGGGUUAUAAAACGUGUUAGUGUGGAUGUAGCCCAAGUCUGCAUGUAGAUUUUGUUUGCACUUUUGAAUCACUGCCAUACAAAUGUGAAUCCAAUCAGGAGACGCUUAGCUUUGACUGUCCGGGAGUGUGUUGAUUGAUUGAUUUUUGAUUAUGGUGAAGUUCAGUUAUUUGAUUUUCAUGGUGUGCAUAGUCAAAGAAUUUGAAGCCAACGAAACAGUACAGCCACAUGAUUUCAUUUUUGUUCCACGAUAGCAGUGCUUAAUGAAGGGGAAGGAAUCAGGAAUCGGUCAACCCCCUUUUUUUUUUUUAAACAUCGGUCCACAAUGUUUAAGGCUUUCCUAAAAGAGAAACCAAUCAGUAAUGUACACUAAAGUGACCAUGAUGAGUAUCUACUAAAUGUGAAUGCAGCAAACGUGCAGACAUGAGCAGUCCACCAGGCCUGAUGCGCUCCUAUGUUAAUGAACAUGGCCUGCCUUUUGUCCUGCAAGCUUCAUCCCAGUCCUGAUAAACAGCUCGAACGAACUUUUUCAACUGGUCAGUGUUACUGAAGUGCUGCUGAUAUCUGUGAUUAUCGUCAAAGUGCAUCAUAGAAUCCUUUUUUGAAAUCCUGAUGUAGCGUCAUAUCACCCACCUCUAGUCUUCAGUCAUCCAGACGAUGAUGACGAUGAUGUAAAUGUAGGUGACUGGAUACGUGUUUGGAUCCCUGACAUUUUUUCUACUCAAAGUGGACUCCAAAUGAACUGAAAUCCUUUCAGGUGAGUGCCCCAAAUACGACUGCAGUCACCUGGAUGUACUGAAACAAGACGUUCGGUUUUGAAUCGGUUCAUUUACACCAUGUAGUGGCCGUGUGGUCUUAAGUGUAGUAGUGGAGGAUCAGAAUAUUACACUUUGUAAUGCUGCACUAAAAUUUUUCGAGUUGGAAAUGAGCAUGCCAAAAUGGGUUGUGUCUAAAGAAAAGACAACAAGGGAAUGUAUAAUUGUAUUGCUGGUUUCUUUAUUUAUUAAAAAAAAAAAAAGAGAGAACUUGUUUCAUGUUCUAAUUUCAGAAGGGAUGGAGGCCAAAUCCCAAAGCAAUGAUUUUAUAUCCUUUUUGGAUUAUACUUACUCAAAUUAGUCAUAAUCAAUCGUGGCAGGUUUCUUACCAAUUUC